AUGCACCCCCGACGCUAUCGCAGAAGCCAUCCGCUCGACAUGUCAGCAGGCACGACAGAGUGGUUUAUGCAGCAGAUUGAAGAAGCCAAGAAGGAGAAGGUCGAGACAUACACCGCCUCAGCAGGCAACGAGGUGACUUCCUUCAUCUCCAUGACUCUCCUGGGCAUCUCCUCGGUGUAUGUCAACCAUGAAGAAAAGCUGAAGAAGAAAUUUGAAGAGAUCGGACUGAUCGUAGACUCAGUGCAAGAGAGUAAAGCAAUCAUGUGGAAGGCUCCGUAUAGACCCGAGAUAGCGAGUGCUGAGGAGAUCCCGGUGACUGUUUCCUUCCUCCGCAAUGCACAAGCGGAGAAGCUCUGGCAGGGAAGAGAGGACUUCGCGAUCGAUGGUCGCAAGUUCACAGCUGUACAUGUGAGCAUCAUGCACGAUCGAUCUUUCAAGAUUCGAGCCAAGAGAGGACCCUGGGGCAAAGGGGGCAGCUUGGCAGAGCUGACUCACCUGCUAACCUUGGGCGGCAUGACAACGGCUGAGAUAGCUGCCGUCUAUCGCUAUCAGCUGCUGCGCCAGUCCCUUGCAGCGGUCCAACUCCAGCCGCUGGCAGGCAUGCUGGUCGCUGGGGCGCCAGGACAGCAAGUCCACAAAGGCUUAGGUCAGAAAGGCUUCAUCGCUGUAGGGGCCAACGUCAUCUGGAGACAGAGGGAGGUGGAGUGGAUCGUCUCCUCGAGCUGCCCAGAGGCGAAUGAUACAGCAUUUCGAGCUUUCCGAGAGAGCGAAGCGAUGGAGGGAGUACACCUGACUCUGUUCAGCGAGGACCCGAAGAUCAGAGAGGCGCUCGCAGUCGAGUUGACAGCUGAUCGCUUUGUGUCCAGAAAUAAAUUGAAGAAGGCAUCAAGGAUGUAG